AUGCGCGCAGGCUGCCGGCCCCGGCAGCCAAUGAGGCGGUGCGGGGGCGUGGCACGCGCCGGGGGGGGGGGCGUGAUCGUGACGUCAGCCCCUCGUGACUCGGCUCGCGGCCUGAGCCCGCGGAAGCCGGAAGCCGCUGGGCGGGCGGGGGCCACAGCGGGCGGGCGCCCUGGAGCGUCCCGGCGGCGGGUGGGCGAGCCCCGCGAUGGGUCCGCAGCGGGCGGGCGCGUGGUGGCCGAAGUGCCGGUGCUGGGCGCGCUCUCGGGGGCCGCAGCAGCGCGCUGUGGGCUGGCCGCGCCGCGCCGUGGGAAGCAGCGGCUCCUGGACGCCGAGGACCUGGCCGUGUCGCUGGGGCCGGGCGCGCCGGGGACGCUGCCGCCGGACCUGCCGGACCUGGACCCCGCGUGCCGGGAGCUGCUGCUGGACUUCGCCCGGAGCAGCGCCGAGCUGACGGGCUGUCUGGUGCGCAGCGCCCGGCCCGUGCGCAUCUGCCAGGCGUGCUUCCCCCUCUUCCAGCAGGUCGUCGGCAAGAUGGACAACAUCAGCCGGGCCGUGGAGAAUACUUCAGUGAGUCAUAAUUGUGACAGAAGUCUCUUAAUGUCAGAUAGAAUGCAGAUAGUUUUGAUUUUGUCUGAGUUUUUCAAUUCCACGUGGGAGAAUGCAAAUUGUGCAAAUUGUUUAACGAACACAAGUGAUGACUUAUCAAAUAGAACGAUUUACUUCCUCACUCUAUUUAAUCACACCUUGACCUGCUUUGAAAAUAAUCUUCAGGGGAAUUCACACAGCCUUCUGCCAUUAAGAAAUAAUUCAGUCUGCAAAAAUUGUCUUGAAACAUACAAAUCUCUCAGUAAUCUGUACAAUGAAAUGCAAAAAAUGAAUGAACGUGAGAAGAAAGCUGAGUUCAGCACACACUUAUGCAUUGAUGUGGAAGAUGCAAUGAACAUUACUCGAAAGCUUUGGAGUCGGACCUUCAACUGCUCAGCCCUCUGCCAUGACACAGUUCCUGUCAUUGCUGUAUCUGUGUUCAUUCUCUUCUUGCCUGUGGUCUUCUAUCUGAGUAGCUAUCUUCACUCGGAGCAAAAGAAGCGCAAACUCAUUCUUCCUAAACGACUCAAGUCCAGUACCAGCUUUGCAAGCAUUCAAGAAAAUUCAAACUGAAUCCUACAAAAUUGGAAAUGUAACAGCAUAUAUGAAUGAUGGAAGACACAGCUCAGUCCAAAAGAAAACAAACUGUGAUUAUUUGACACAUCAAGUUCUUAAAAUGGACUUUGGAUUUGUUUUUUAAGAAGAGUUUUCCAUUUUCAUUUUUCUUUCCACUUCACUUUUAAGGAUUUGGUAUUUUUAAUUCCAGGCAUCGAGAUAUCGUCUAUUUUAAAGUGUAUUUGUUCCUCCACAUAAGAUAAAAGAACAGUUUUUUGGUAGUCAUAUUGCUACAGUUUGAGACUUCUAAUAUUUCUUUAUGAAUGUAUAUCUAAAAUAGAAAAGUUUUGAAAAGUAAUAUUUUAAAAUGAAUCAGUUAUAGUAGUCUUUGAAAUAUAAACAUACUUGCCAAAAAAGUAGCAGCUCCCAAAGAUUAAAGUACCAUUACAGUAUUAUUGUUGCAUAUAUAAUAUGUGAUGUUACAUAAAAUACACAAUUCAAUCUCUAGCUUCCUUAAAAAUCACUUUUGAACUGGUAAUUUUAAGCCUCCCCAACAAUUUUUAGAAUCAUAAGGCACAUUACAUUAUCUUUGUAAAAGAGAUAUGGUAACUGGUUUCUUACUUGACUUUUAUAAAUAAUACCUUACACAUUAUUUUUGUCCAUAUCUCAUAAGUUGUUGGAAAUCAUUGGACUGCUUUAUAUUCAGGGCAAGAUGGAUCCAUUUUAUAUCAAGGAUAUGCAUUGUGAGUUACAUUAAUUUAUUUGGAAAUUUAUAAUUUAUUACUACCUUCAAGCAAAUAUAACAUGGCACACUAUAAAUUGUGGCUUUAUUUUAAAUAGCAAUUUUUUUCCCAUGGAUAUGUGAAGAUUUCUGGGAGAGUGAGGAGGAAUGAACAAACUUAAGCUUCAUAGAGAGAUAGGGCCCUGGACGAUACUCAUGGUAUAGCUGCUGAAUGGUUCAAAGCAGGGCUAUUAGUGAGAAUGUGAUUAGAUGAAGCUUAUUUUUCCUGUUACUUAGAUUAAAGUGAUAGACUUGAAAUGAAAUCAGAUAUUUUACUCAGAAAACAAAUUCUGUUUCAAAAUGUUUGUAUUAAUUCUGUGUUAAGUAAAAGCUUUGUUCCAAAUUG